GUCCACAAGCUAGAGUUUUAAUAUGUCAAAUGGAAUAACGCCGGACUAUCGGCCGCCGGAGACGAUUGGUUUCAUAGGAUUAGGAAAUAUGGGAUGGUGGAUGGCCUUGAAUCUGCGCAAAUCCGUGUCGAGGUCUACUAAGUUGUUUAUCUAUGACAUCAUCCCGUCAAUACUCGACAAUUUCGCGGAGAACGCACGGAUUCACGACCUCGGCGAGGUAACAAUCUGCGAAAACGCUCGUGAAGUUGCAGUACAAUCUGAUCUUACAAUAGUUAUAGUCCCGGAAGGCAAGCACGUCCGAGAAGUAUUCUUUGACGAGAAGAACGGCAUCCUAACAGGUCCCGUCGACGGCAAGACUUUUGUGGACAGCUCGACGAUCGAUCCUGCGACGUCUCGUGAAGUCGCAGAGGCGGUUAGAAAGAUCUCUCCUUCCGCACGCUUCUACGAUGCACCCGUCUCAGGAGGCGUACACGGCGCGGAAGCGGGAACACUUAGCUUCCUUGCUGGAGCAAGUGAAGAAGACACGUAUUUCCGACAAGUGAUCAGACCGUUGUUGGAGAUGAUGGGAAGGAACAUUUUCUGUAUCGGGGCACAGAGCCAAGGCCUCGUUGCGAAAUUGUGUAACAAUUAUGUGAGUGGAAUUUGUGCAAUAGCGACUGCGGAGGCUAUGAAUAUCGGGAUGCGACACGGAAUCGAUAAGUUCCUGCUCAGUGAUGUCUUCAAGAAGAGUACCGGCGGAAACUGGCAAAACGCUAACAUGAACCCUGUCCCCGGCGUUAGUCCACAUGCUGUAACUUCUAAAGGCUACAAAGGCGGCUUUAAAGUUCAAAUGAUGGUAAAGGACUUCAACUUGGCUCUAGGGACGGCGAAGGAAGUGGACGCGAAGCUUGCUUUGGGUGACGCUGCACUGGCAACGUACAAGGCGACAGCAGAGGACCCACGCUGUAGUGGGCUCGACAAUCGUGUCGUGUAUCGCUGGCUCGGAGGAAAGGAGUGA